CCUUGUCAUGCCACACUCAUGCGACCACCAUCACCAUCAACGACAAGAGGCGUUUAUGUCCAUAGAGCGGAGUCAGCGCCUAACAGGCAACAGCAGCACUCUCGUCGUCUUAUACAGCUGCAUACCUUCACUGUAAUAGGUGUCGCCUGUCAAAUUGGCAAGACCGAGCCUUGGACGAUGUGUUUAUCACGUCAUUUCAGAAAUCUGGCUCGCAAAUGCUUCCAUACUCACCUUUUCCCCAAUAUUUUGACACGAAUCAUCCACCCUCUAUCCAAGAUAUCCAUCACAUAAAAGACAUCCUUCUUGACCCACUCGGAAAUUUGCGAAAGCUCGAUGUAGAAAUCGCACGAUUGCAGGCUCAACGCGAAGUGCUGUACACUUUUAUCAACAAUCAUCCUACCAUUCUCUCUCCUUCCCGAAGGGUUCCUCCAGACAUUUGGCGCUUGGUAUUUUCUUGUUGCUUGCCAGGUUCCGAUUUCCCAGUACGUACGAUAACGGAGGCACCACUGUCGCUCACGAGGAUCUGUCGCUCAUGGCGGGAAAUAGCCUUGACGACACCGGGUCUCUGGAAUGCGAUCCACAUAAACAUCGCCAAGGAAAGCCCAGUACUUUACGAUGAGUGGUAUACGAGGAUGCGAGCGAGAAUAGAUGGUGUAAAGAGGUGGUUGGAAAACUCUGGGUCACUGCCGCUCAGAAUUUCCUUGUCUGUUGGCGAGGAGUACAAGUCAGCCCGGGGGAGCACCUACGUUGGGGCAACGCCGCCCCCGCGCCAUCCUAACAUGACUACAGAAGCACUUGCAGCAGACCUUGCAGCACUCCUCCUGCCGUAUUCCUCACGGUGGCAGACACUGUCACUCAAUGAUAUUCCCUUUUCCGUUCUCGAGACGCUACUAGGAGAUGGUGUGGACGUAUUGGUUCUACAACAAAUCUCUUUCCGACCAGGAUUACCGGACGAAAGCACGCUAGUUUCACGACUUCUCGCACGUGGUAACUGUUCCAGCCUUCGUAUUGAAGGUCACAUCCCCCGUGGUUUGAUGCAACCCGCAUCCUUCUGGGCUCGUUUGACUCAACUCGAGCUUUCCGCUUACAUGCCAACGUCUCGCGAUCACUUCCUAUUAACACUUGCAGAGCUAUGCCCCUCAUUGACCGCCUGUACUUUACGAUUAUUCGGAUUAUCCGGAUUUUCACCCGUUCAUCCCCUGACAAAAGCCUGCGAGUGGAAACAUCUCCGUAAACUAGACGUGACUUUUCUCGAUCUGGUAAAUACGACUCUCAUUUCCGGCGUUCUCAAGGUCAUCAACGCUCCUCUUCUCACCGAAUUUUGCAUAGCAUGCGAUUUCUCACUUGUUGGCCCGGGCCAGGCAACUGAGAGCCCAAUCCACGAAUUUCUCCUCAGGAGCGGAUGCGAGGAAACCCUUACUCAUCUAACGGUGGAUUUGCCUAGACAGCAGGAGAUGCUAGUACAAAUUCUAGCGGUACUACCGUCUCUGAAGUUCCUAAGAAUAGGAAGGCUCAAUCGCUGUGAACGUGGAAUAUUUUCACUCGUCAAUGAACAUCUUAUCCAGGCAUUGACUUGCAUCUCCAUCUGCCCUCGCCUAGAAGAGCUCGAGCUGCCGAAUUGUUCUCCAAAUCACGUUGACGCUCUUCUCACCAUCCCCAACAACCGGAAUUUGAAAACGUUUAUGGUCGAUUUUGGUGAACAGCCAGAGUGGGUAGACGUCCUCCUGAACUCCGGCAAUGCCACCAAGUCUCUUGAUGCAUUAAGAUCGAAGGGUAUGAGGGUUGGUUGGCAUUGGCACGCGUUAAAAUGCAACCUAUAUACUGGACUACUUUCUCGACCUCAGCCUGAUAAUGUUGCGGGUCUUCUCUUCCCCCCAGUUUAGUUUCCUCUUUUUGUGGGAUUCUAUCGAUAGAUGGUUUGAAAGUGUGUAGUCAGUUCCGUUAAUAUCUGAGACUGACAUGGUUCGC